AUAUAUCGUACGGGUGCAAAGGCCAAACCAAAAUCCUGUCUUUUGGACAGCCUCCUAACAUCAACAUCCCAUCCUUUAACCUCAAAAUCCGUGUCAUGUAACUCCCUAGACAAAGAAUCUGACGGUUCCAAACCUCAAAUAUAUCAUACACCAACCCACAGAUUAUAACACACCCUCCACCCUUUCUAACAAGAAACAGCUAAAACGUACAGUCCCUGAACAGGCAAAACUCAAAAAGCAGCUAGCAGCAGCUACGGCUACAGCAGUGCCGUGGGGUCAGCACUUUCAGCAGCCAAAACAACCCAACACGGCAAACGAACAAGUUAAGCCAUAAAGGCCCUUUUUUUUCCCUUCUUUCAUCGGAGAGGAAAAAGUAGGAUUAGGGUUGUUUUGGGUUGGAUUUAGAGAGUUACUAGAGAGAGAGAGAGGAGAGGAGAAAAAUGGUGAACCCAAGAUGUUAUAUGGACAUAAGUAUAGGUGGAGAACUAGAAGGAAGGAUAGUGAUUGAGUUGUAUAAGGAUAUUGUGCCCAAAACUGCUGAAAAUUUCAGGGCUUUAUGCACAGGUGAGAAAGGCAUUGGACCUAACACUGGUGCUUCUCUGCAUUACAAGGGUGUGCGAUUUCAUCGCAUUAUCCGAGGUUUCAUGAUACAAGGUGGGGAUAUAUCAGCUGGUGACGGAACUGGGGGAGAAUCCAUUUAUGAUUUGAAAUUUGAAGAUGAAAAUUUCGAGUUAAAACAUGAAAGAAAAGGGAUGUUAUCAAUGGCUAAUAUGGGGCCUAAUACUAAUGGAUCUCAAUUCUUUAUUACGACUACUCGAACGCCUCAUCUUGAUGUAAAACAUGUGGUGUUCGGGAAAGUUAUAAAAGGAAUGGGUAUUGUUCGUUCUAUUGAGCAUGUUGCUACCGAUGAUGGUGAUUACCCCACUCAAGAGGUUAUAAUUGCAGAUUGUGGAGAAAUUCCCGAAGGGGCAGAUGAUGGAAUAGCAAACUUUUUUAAGGAUGGUGAUAUGUAUCCUGAUUGGCCUGCUGACCUUGACAAGAAAUCCGAUGAAAUUUCUUGGUGGAUGGAGGCAGUCGACUCAAUCAAAGCAGUUGGAAAUGAACAAUACAAGAAACAAGACUACAAAAUUGCUCUUAGAAAAUAUUGGAAGGCUUUGCGCUACUCGGACGAAUGUUGGGAGCUGGAAGGCAUUGAUGAAGUGAAAAGCUCCAAGUUGCGGAAGAUCAAGUCUCAGAUAUUUACAAACAGUUCUGCCUGCAAAUUGAAACUCGGUGAUCUAAAAGGAGCAUUGUUGGACACAGACUUUGCAAUUCGUGAUGGAGAAUAUAAUGUGAAAGCUUUCUUUCGUCAAGGCCAGGCAUAUAUGGCACUUAAUGACAUCGAUUCUGCGGUAGAGAGCUUUAAAAAGGCAUUGGACUUAGAACCGAAUGAUGGUGGAAUAAAGAAAGAGCUUGCGGCCGCAAGGAAGAAGAUUGCUGAUAGACGAGACCAGGAGAAAAAGGCUUACUCUAGAAUGUUUCAGUAGAUCACGGUCCACCAACGACCAUCAUAUUUGCUUUCUGAUUACCCAAAGGUAUUACUUUUCUAGUAAACUAUAAUUUGAUAUGUAGGCUGCCUUUUACUUGAAGGAUCAAAUUUGUUUCCUUUUUGCAUACAUUAUCAAGUAUCCCGUCUUUCGAGUUUGUUCUAGAUAUAAUCUGGCCGGAUUAGUAAAAAAUCAGGUAUAAUUUUAUUCUUUUUUGUGUAAUGGAGUCCUACAGACAAUCACUCUAUUCUUUUGAGCUGGUUUAUUUCUGGUCAUUUUGAGUUCGGAUUAUUUUGGGUUGAGUUGUUUCGGAUCAGGUUCUGGUUACAAGAGUUUGGGUUGUUGACCUUUUUAUGGUCAGAUAGAUUUUGUCAGGUUUGGAUUCGGGUGAUUUUCGAGUUUGUGUCAAAAUUGAUAGGUCUACUAUGUUGCUAUAGUUUCAUUCUUCUUGAAGUACCUACAUCUAACACCCAUGUUUUUUGCAUUUUCGGAUUUGGUUAUAGGGAUACGAUAUUUCUAGUGGAAAAACUUGGAAAAUAAAUGAAUAUUACCCAUAUCAAAUAUAUAUUCAUAUUCAACGCUCACACGAGUCUCAUAGACAUAGCUUAAUCUUCGAGAAAACUUUAUUAUCUCGAUUUAUUUAAAGGCGAAACAAACAAGCAAACUCCAAAGUUUUUAUUCAAAGACUAACAUUUUACAAAGGGAAAAAUCUGAAUUUUCUUGCAUGCCCUUAGGCACUAAGACGAAAACAUCGUUGUUCAUGGAGUCUGAUGGCAAAUUUAGCAAGAGCUUCUUCAUUUGUGAGUCCUUCAUCUUCCUCUAGUCUCCCGGUCUCAAAA